AUGAACAUAGUCGAUCCGUCAGUGACUCUACUCGCCGCGAGCGGCGGCGACACCGUGAAGCUCUUCGACGUCUCCGUCAAGUCCGGCGAUCCAUGCGUCUCCAGCUACAUUCCUUCCCCCGGCUGCCACGUCAACUCCGUCAAGUGGAACCACACCAAUUUGGUUGUGGUGAGCGCCGGAGACGACAAGAAGAUAUCGCUGUGGCAUAAGAACGGGCAGAGCUUGGGGACUAUUCCGGUUUCCGGGACCGACAGUGGAGACAACAUUGAGGAGUCUAUAUCGGCGCUUAGCUUCAGUAACAAGGUUUCGAGGUAUAUAUGUUCUGGUGGGAGCGGUCAGGUUGUGAGGAUAUGGGAUUUGCAGAGGAAGAGAUGUAUUAAAUGGUUGAGGGGCCAUUCAAGUACGAUUACUGGUGCAGCGUACAAUUGCAAAGAUGAGCACUUGGCUUCCAUCAGCCUUAAUGGGGAUCUCAUUAUCCACAACUUGGCAUCUGGUACGAGAACAACUGAAUUCAAGGACCCCAAUGGACAGGUACUGAGAGUGCUUGAUUAUUCCCGGAUUAGCCGACACCUGUUGGUGACUGCAGGUGAUGAUGGUUCUGUGCAUCUGUGGGACACAACCGGUCGUAGCCCAAAGAUUUCUUGGUUGAAGCAGCAUUCUGCACCAACUGCUGGUAUCAGUUUCUCACCAUCAAAUGACAAGGUGUUUGCUAGUGUCGGGCUUGAUAAAAAGUUGUAUACUUAUGACUCUGGGUCUAGAAGACAUUCAUCUUGCAUCUCCUACGAGGCGCCUUUCUCUGCAUUGUCAUUCAGAGACGAUGGCUUGGUACUGGCAGCUGGAACAAGUAGUGGUCGUGUUGUGUUUUAUGAUGUCCGUGGUAAACCAGAGCCUUUCACUGUUCUUCGUGCUUAUAAUAGUUCAGAGGCUGUUACAAGUCUAUGCUGGCAAAGGUCAAAACCUGUAAUUGUAAAUGAAAGCAGUUGUUCUGUUGAGACCGCGCUUUUAGGAGAUGCUGUUGAAGAUUCAAUCUUAAUGCCUGAUCCACUUCCUUCUGUGACUUCAUCAAACCUUUCCAUUUCUAUGGCGGUAUCGACUUCUCGGAAUCCAGGCCGUUCAGGAUUAUCUGCUGAUACAUUUUCAGUUACAGGAACUGGCAGUGGAUUAGGGUCAACCACACUCAAUGUAUCUAGUGCAGAGGAUACACCACAUCGCGGCCAUUUGUGGCCGGGUGGAACAUUGCCAAGAUUGCAUCCUCCUCUAUCUACUUUUAACUUCAAGGAUGAUAUGGAGGUAUUUUCCCCUCUUGUGGAUGUUCAUCCUAUCACACCUUCACUUGACAAGCUGUGGGAUGACCAUAACAGAUCAAAGAAGGAUAGUGUAGAUAUAAAGCCAUCAUCACUAUUGUUUCCCUCAUCCGGUAGGAGGUUCCCUUUGGCAGAUGACGUGUCAAGUGAUCAUCCGAUAUUUGAUUGGAAGCCUAGCUCAGCCUCUAAACAGGAUGAUAGCAAGUCUUCGUUUCCUCGGUUAGAAUCAACUCCUGCUCUGUAUUCUAAGAGUGAAGACUCAUCCAUCACGCCUCCAGAAGCUUGGGGAGGUGAGAGAUUAUCUGAUAAAUAUACCAACCUGCUUCAGCCAUCAAUUAAGCCGUCUCGCUUUGGGAUGUCAGCUCAGACAUCAGGAUCACUUAUGUCUGGAUUACCAGAUACAUCCUUGUCAACAAGUCAGACAAGUAUUAGCUCUACAAGCUUAAACUAUGCAAAUAUGCGCAUUAAAGAUUUGUCUUUCAGUCAGGAGAAUUCCUUGGGAUUUCCAGAACACGUCAACUCUAGUGCCAUCCCUAUGUCCCCUGGUAGCAAAGGAAUCAGGGGACAGUCUAACCUUGAUUCACCAACAUCAUCUUUGUCCCUCCAUCGGAAAUUCUCUACUUAUGCAGAGAGAAUAGGCACUACAUCUUCCUUCAGUGACCGAACAUCACUGGCAGCGGGUUCACCAAAAACAAAGAAAACAGGAGCUGAAAUGAGAGAAUUGUUGACUAGCUUGGUGUCUAAGUCAGAUACCUCAACGGUCACAGAAUCAGGGAUUCUUCCAGCUAUGAACGGAGGAACCUCACAAUUGCCGAAGGCCCCUCAACAAGAUGCCCAGCAGGGAAAUUCAUUUACAUAUCAGAUUUUACAACGUACUCUAGAAGAGACUCUUGAUUCCUUUCAGAAGUCAGUACAUGAAGAUAUGAGGAACCUUCAUAUAGAAAUUUUAAGACAAUUUCACAUGCAAGAGACGGAAAUGUCAAUGGUAAUGAGUAAAAUGCUGGCAAACCAAGCUGAGCUAAUGGAAGAAGUUAAAUCUCUGCGGAAAGAAAACCAGCAACUCCGACAACUGCUUUGAGCCCUGUGAAGAUUCGUGUGAAUGAAUUUUGUGGAUUAGCACAUCCCUUCUUUGUGUUUUACAAUUUGCUCUUUGUUAAUGGGCUUCUGUUCAAAAGAACGUUUUGGGGUUGUUUCUCUCCUAGUUUAGGAUUUCCUCUUCAGCAAUGACACUUUUGGCAUGUUGUACAUUAUAAUGGAACAUCAUGUUUUCAUGAUGUUCAACCUGCCAAACGUGCCAUUGUUGAAUGUUUUUUUAUAACCUCAUCUUCCUAGUUUAGUCAACUACUCAUUUUCUGGCAAAUCAUCAAAAUUAGAUUUGAAGAUGAAUAGCAUAUGUUUGCCUGUAGGUUAGUGUUUUGUGAGUAAUUUUAU